AUGAAUUCCACUGUCGGCACAGCUUCGCUCGCUACGAGAACGGUCAUACACUCUAUAGAUUCGUCUCUCGUCCCUUUGAUCUUCUCCCAACUUCGAUUCGCGGAAUGCUUUCAAGUCGCAAUCGUCACUGUUCUCAUCUACGACGCCUUGUCGACGUUAGAUAAAGAGGUCAAAUAUUUUUGGAGCGCACCACGGCGAUUCGUCAGCCUCAUAUACUUCGCGAACCGAUACAUCGGUAUAUUCUCCGCUAUCGUGUAUUUAUGGUAUAACACGUAUCGCGUCACUAAGACACUAUGCCAGUUCACGCUGUACACAGCCGUGGCUUCGAAUUGGAUCACUAUCAACUUGAUAGAUUAUAUACUCGUGAUGAGAGUGUUGGCCCUAUUUUCGAAUGAUCGCAUUACGAAGAUAUGCCUACGUGUCUUAUUCGCCAUUGAAGCUGUUGCGAUGUUCGGUGUAUUGACAUAUGUCCAAGUGUACAAUGGCACUGCUCUAGGGGAGUUCGGCACAAACUACACCGUUUGCCAGUCCAUCAGAGGAGUCCAGCCCGUCUUCUUCAUCUUGGCCUGGGCUAUCCCUUUGUCAUUUGAAUGUGUUCUACUCGUCCUCGCACUGUACAAAGCCGCGGAAUUCUGGAACCUAUCCCAGGGAUUGACGGGCUUCCAUCUGGUCAAAGUACUCGUCAUAGAUCAAGCUUUCUACUUCGCAGUCGCGAUAUUCUGCAACGUCGGCAUGAUCAUCUCAAACACAACCUCCGACCCGCGCGUCAUCUCUAAAGUCAUUCUCGGGAUCAUGGGCUCCCCGAGUCUGCUGGUGAUACUUGGUGCGCGACUGCUGGUGCAUCUGAAAGAGGCCGGAGAGAAGGGUGUCAACGGGGGUACGAGUUAUAGGGUGGGCGGGGCGGAGGGGAUCAGUGAGAUAAACUUUGGAGAAAAUAUGGCUGUGGUGAGGAGGCGCGGAGAAUCGAGUUCGAUGUCUGAGGAAUCAGAGGUCUAA